AUGAGCACGCUUAGAAACAUAGAGACAGGUGGGGGCACCCAGCCUGCCUCUAUUUUCAUGUCGGAGACGGAGGACGAUGACCAGGAUGAGGACUUCCGUGCGACCUCGGGGUCUGAGUCCGAGGCGGAUGACAGCGCCAGCGAGGGCCCACCAAGCCCCCGCUCAACUCCACUCGGAUCCCAACCGCAAACACCGGUGCUGGACCACCCUGAGGCUGAGGAAAGCUCUGCCCUGUUCCUGGAACCCCUCCUGACAGAUGCCGAGAUUGCCAAGAUGGUGGAAGAGGACGACCUGUUUGAUGGCCUGGGGUAUGUCGAGGAGUCCCUGGGCUCCAUGCCCUUCCCUCCAUCCCUGGAGCCAUCCGCGUCGACAGGAGGGGCCCUGCCCCUCCCGACCCCGGUGGCACGCCGCACGCGCGCCCAGGCCCCCCUUCACCACAUGACCAUCGAUGAGCUGGAGGAGCUGCUGGAGGCUGAGGACGAAGUCCCCACAAUAGACCCCAUGGGCGAAGCCGAGUACCGGCGAUUCAUACAGUCCCUCGGCGAUCCCCUGGGCCACCUACCGCUGGACGAGGAGGAGGCAUCUGGCUCCGAGGCCGACGAGGACUUCAGCCCUGUUGCUGCAGCUGCACCUCUGUACCGCGCGCUGCAUGCGCUGAUCGCGCGCCACGUGCUCCUGCUCAUGCAGCAGUACCUGCUGGCGGCGGCGGGGGGGGAGUCAGCCCGCGCGGCCCGCCUGGCGGACCUGCUGGACGGCAUGCGGGGCUGCGUCGUCGAGAGCGCGCGCGCGCGGCGCGGACACCGCGUCCCGCCCUACGACCCGGCGCCCAUGGCGCUGGAGGUCGACGCCCCGGGCACCGCCCAGGCGGCGCCGACGUCGCGGGGCUCCUGGGCGCCGCGCAUGCCCGUCCCCGCCCACACCAUCGCCGACGUGGCGGCGCUGCGGCGCUGGCCGGACCUGCGCCGCGCCGUGGCUCCGGACAGGCCGCAGGCCGCGCCCGACGCGCCUGGGGAACGGAUACGCUGGGAGGUGGACGACCUUGACUCCGACUCGGAGGAAGGGGAGGGGGCGGUGGCGGUGGGACCGACGGGCCCUGGGGGGGCGGCAGCGCGGAAGAGGGCCGCGGACGCGCCCUCCGGCUGGCAGCCUCCGAAGCGGAGGAAACGGCCCCUGGUGCAUCCCCAGUGGAGCAGGCUGCCGGAGGAUGUGGCGGCUGCCUGGGCACCCAUCCAGGAGGAGUGUGCCGACCCAGACCUGCUGCCCAUGCCACCAGACUACAUGGUGACCAGCCAGAUGAUCUUCAGUCCCGCCGAGGAUGAGCUGCUGGCCCUGGGCAUCCUCAGAUUUGGGUAUGACUGGGAACGCAUCGUGGCGGAGCUCCUGCCCAACAAGACGCCAUCCCAGCUGUUUCACCGGAAGAAGAACCAGACGACAGGCUCUGCCCGCCCAAACUCCAUCAAGGUUGUUGGCCGGAGGGGUGACCGGGACGCGGUGGCCACCAUCAGUGGGCCCCUGACCCCCCCCGAGAUUGCGCUGCUGGCGGAAGCCGUCGCGUGGGUGGGCGAUGCCAAGAAUCGCUGGGAGCUCAUAUGCAAGGAGUACCUGCCCGCUCGGCAGCCCAAGGUGCUGGCGCGGCUGUGGAGCAAGCACACCGGCGGCGCCUCGCUGAUCAGGCCCGACAAGGCCGCUCGCCGCCGCGCCCUGGCCCAGAAACGGCGCCAGGCCCUGCUGCGGGAGGCCUUCUUCACCGCGCACAAGCCCGGCGGCGCGGCGUCCUGCGACCCUGGGUCGAGAUCGCCCCCCUCGCCCUCCACGGGUAGAGGCCCCCGGUCCGUGCUCCUGCCCAUCCCAGUCAGCAGCGACAGCCAAGACGAUGCGCCCCCCUGGGAGCCUCCCAUGAGCGGGCCGGGAUGGGGUCGCCACCUGCGACCGCCCUCGCCGCCCGAGGCCCCGCUCCUGCGCGGGUACGGCUUGGGGCUCAGCCCCUGCGCCGCACACCCCCCGCCGCCGCCGGGGCUGGACGCCGGCAGCCUGCGGCAGCAGCUGGCCGCCGCGCUGGCGGGCGUGCAGGGCGGCUACGCCGCGCUGGGCGUGCCCCCGCCCCCCCUGCCACGCCCCGCCGCCCUGGCCGCCCUGGUGGAGAACCUGCGGGGCCUGGGCUACGGCAGGCGCAGUGUGCAGGACGUGGAGGCCCGCUGCGCCGCGCUCCUGCAGCGCUUCCUGGCGCGCGUGCACGCGCUGGCGGAGGGCGGCGCAGAGGGCGGGGCCUGA